AUGGUUCCUACGGGAGAACGUCAAACAGUUAUGGUGUCCGCUACAUUCCCUGAAGAAAUUCAGAGACUAGCAACAAAAUUCCUGUCCAACUACUUAUUUCUGGCUGUUGGGAUUGUUGGUGGUGCUUGUAGUGAUGUGGAACAGAUUUUUUACAAAGUAUCUAAAUUUGACAGGAGAGCAAAACUUACAGAAAUACUGAGGGAAGAAGGUGGCAAGAAGGUACUUGUUUUUGUGGAAACAAAAAGGAUUGCAGAUUUUUUGGCAGCAUUUUUAUGUGAGGCAGAAUUUCCAACAACAAGUAUUCAUGGUGAUCGCCUUCAAAGUCAAAGAGAAGAAGCGCUUUAUGAUUUUAAGAGUGGACGAAUGGGAAUUCUUGUGGCCACUGCUGUUGCAGCCAGAGGUCUAGAUAAUUUGGCGCAACGAGCCGGCGCAGCGUGGCGGGCCGGGGUUAUUAGCGGCGUCGCCUGCACCGGCUGCCCUGAUGAGGGGCAGAGCCGGGGGCAGGGACGGCGGCGGAGGCGGCGGCCCGGCUCACUCGGACGACUUCCAGUUGGCCCCACAGCGCCGUUUUGA